AUGCCUGAGCUUCCAGAGGUCGAACGCGCCACAAAACUGCUGCGGGAGGUCGCUGUGUCAAAGACAAUUGUCGAUAUCGAGGCUGCAGAGGAUACAAUAGUCUUCUCAGGGAUUUCCCAUACAGAAUUCGCAGCCGAACUGAAGGGACGGGUUGUAGAGGACGCUCAAAGAUAUGGCAAGGUGUUCUACCUCACAUUGAGCGGCGAAGGCCGACACCCCGUCAUGCACUUCGGCAUGACCGGGAUGCUUCAGGUCAAAGGCCAACUUGCAACCUACUACCGGGAGACUCCCCGGAAAGCAUCCACGGACUGGCCACCGCGCUUCAUGACGGCGAGUGUGCCUUUGCGCACCCUCCUGCCCUCCCCACUGACAGUUCUCUUGACCAAACAGUUCAUCCUCCACAUCAAAGGACCCACAGACGCAGAGACAACGCAGGUCGCGUUCCUCGACGCACGCCGGCUCGGCCGCAUCCGCUUAUGUGCGUCCCCACUCACCGAACCCCCGAUCUCCGCGCUCGGCUUCGACCCCAUCCUCGGCAUGCCCAGCGCGGACGACUUCAAGAAGGGGGUCCGCAAACGUUCGUGCCCUGUGAAGGCGCUGCUGCUCGACCAGUCGUUCAGCGCGGGGGUCGGCAACUGGGUAGCAGACGAGAUCCUGUAUCAUGCACGCGUGCAUCCGGAGGAGCGUUGCAACGUGCUCUCUGAUGAGCAGCUGGACGCUCUAUUCAAGCAGACGUCCGAGGUCUGUCGGAUAGCGGUAUCAGUGAACGCCGACGACUCGCUGUUCCCCGAGGACUGGCUCUUCAAGCAUCGUUGGGGGAAGGGGAAGAAAGAGAAGCACACGCUGAAGCUGCCCGACGGGAAGCCUGCAACCAUCAAGUGGAUUACGGUCGGCGGACGCACCUCCGCCUACGUCGCAGAGCUUCAAAAGCUCCAGCGAGGUGCUAUCCAAUCCCGGUCUGCGGCGGACAUGGAUGGAGCGGAGGAAGACGAGAGUGACCUUACCCCUCUCUCAGGUGAAGACGAAGAGACAAGUACGAAGAAAGUCACUCGCAAACGGAAACGCAAGGUUUGUGAAAGCGGAAGAGGGUGCAGCAACGCGAACCACCCGUCGAAAGGCAGCGCGUACAGGUCAACCUUGACACGGGAGAACUGA